AUGAUCCUGGUCAUGACAGGUGAAGCAAGUAAAGCAAGCUCGUCAGGAGCUAAGCGAUCACAUCGCUCUGCUCCAGGAAGGACCAAGAAGCCGUUCAGGAGGUGGGCAACGGUCUCCCGUUCCAACGUGUCUGAAAAAGCUCUGUCUGUAGGAGGUCCCCCCGUGGACGAUAGGCUGAAAAACUUGGAGAGUGAGUUGCGGGCUAUUCAGGCAAAGAAGAAGCUGGCUUUAUCACAGAUCACAGCUAUGAGAAGGGAGUUGUCGAGCCAAGACGCAUCCCAAUCCGUGAUCGAGCUUCAAUCGGUUCACGAGCCAUCUGCGGGGCAUAUAGGAGAUGUCGAAGAGCUAUACUCGUUCCUUCAUGAGAAAGCUCUCAGCUUUGCAGACUCAGGAAGAAAUCAAGAAGGAGAUCAGUCUCUUCACAUCACCGACCUCUCUUCCGUCAAGGGAGAGCAGUCGACUGAUCUGUCUAGAGCAACAGCAACAGCUUUCUCAGAAGAAGACGCGCAGUCUUGGCUACAACCUGUUCUCACUGCGAAGUCUUACCUCAGCCUCAUCAAGUCGCUCGGCUUCCACUAUCACAUUGAGAAGGGCGCGGCACUGUUUGCCUUCUCGAUGUGGGCUCGUUCGAAUGCUACGGAAGGGGAAGAUGUCAAGUCAGAAUGGCGCCUGACUUUCUUGCAGUUCUGUGAGUGUAUCAAAGACAUGCUGGAGGCAUCCGAGAUCAGUUCGAUCGGGUCGGUGCAAGCACACGCACUGAAAGCGAUGAUCAAACGCAUGAAGGGGCGACUGAGUGGAAAUUCCUCCACCCGUCCUCAACAAGAGAGAAGAUCUCGGGGGAAGAGUCAGACCAAGACGUCCCAUUACGCGUUCUUAUCACAGCAUGAUUCAGCUUUCAAGGGGUCGUUGACCACGAGCAAGCUUGUCAAGCAUGAAAGUACUGUCGAAUGGGAGCUGUGGAAGCUGAUGAAGCAAUCUGGGCUCCUCGACACGGACAUGGAGGGAGCAAGUGGAAGGCGGAGAAAUCCAUCGGAUCAGCUUGCCAGGAUCAUCCCCACCGUCUCUUCUGCUCCCGUCUUCUCUAAGAAGAGAAUCUCCGUGAUGUUUGCAGAGGAUGCAGAGACCGCUGACUCGUCCGACACCUCACGCAAGAGCAGCCCCAAGGCAAAUCCCAAUGGAAGAGAGGAGGAUGAAACGUCCUUCCGGCCGAACCCUGAGUACUGGAGGUUGAGGCAGGAGUUCGCGUACAGAAAGACUGCAAUCGACCUUGACGCUCAUUAG